AUGCCGUUGCCAAUUUUCUCAGCAUUCCCAACUAUUUUUCCAGCUUCUAUUCCAUCAAUACCUUCCCCGUCGCCACCGUGGUCGCCGUCGUGGUCACUGCUUGAAGUAUAUCCAUACGAGUAUUUGGCUGCGGUAUUCAUAUUGCUUCUCUUUAUAGUCUAUAUCUACUUAGUCAUUAUCUUUAACAAAAGAGCUGACAGAUCCGACAAGGAAGAGUUGUUAGAGACUGUGGAGACCGAAGCACCGGUUUUCAGUUAUAGUGAAGAUGGCGGUGACAAAGAAUGUGUGAUUUGCCUUUGCCAAAUUGAAAAAGAGGAGAAGUGCAGGAGGAUGAACACGUGCAAUCACGUGUUUCAUAAGGAUUGUAUUGACCAAUGGUUUAUGGUUGAGCACCACUGUCCUCUUUGUCGAACUGUCAUUUGUGUGGUGGUUGAUAGUGAUGGAAAUACCGUGGAUUCUUCUCCUAUACUCCCAUUUGAUAGGAAUUAUUACAAUUUUUUAGGAUCUGUUUGGUAG